AUGCCUGAACCAGCUAAGACCGCGCCCAAGAAGGGAUCCAAGAAAGCCGUGGUCAAGACGGCAGGUAAAGGCGGCAAGAAGCGCAGAAAGACCAGGAAGGAGAGUUACGCCAUCUACGUGUACAAAGUCCUGAAGCAGGUGCACCCUGAUACCGGCAUCUCCUCUAAGGCCAUGGGCAUCAUGAACUCGUUCGUCAACGACAUUUUUGAGUGCAUCGCCGGUGAGUCUUCUCGUCUGGCUCACUACAACAAGCGCUCAACCAUCACCUCUAGGGAGAUCCAGACUGCCGUGUGUCUGUUGCUUCCCGGAGAGUUGGCCAAGCACGCGGUGUCUGAGGGCACAAAGGCCGUCACCAGGUACACCAACUCCAAGUAA